AUGACUUACACUGCGACAUUCUCGUGUCACUGUGUACCUGGAGUAAUGUUUGGUGCCUGCUACAUACCCCCAAGUGACUCACUGUACUUCUCUCACGAGUCAUUUGCAGCUAUACACGAGAAGCUCAUGGAAAACAACUGUGAUAAGUGUUUAAUAUUAGGUGAUGUAAAUGCGAGGUUGGGCAAAGCUGUAAGAGAUAUUGCCAAUAAUACUGAAUAUGCAUAUCCACUCAUACCAGAUGAUGUAAAUACUCCCAAUGAUAACGCUUAUGCCUUUGCAUCAGUUUGUAAAGACAAUAACUUCAUUGUGAUCAACAAUCUGAAAACUCGUGAGAAGCACUUUGUAAGCAAUCUGACAUUUAAGAAAGAUAGCACAUGGAUUUCCGAGUUGGAUGUUUGUAUAGCGUCAGAGAAGUUAGUCAGGAAUAUUGAUUUGUUUCAGGUUCACCAGACAGAACACUUGCCAUCAGAUCACGCUCCGAUAGCGGUCCAAUUAUGCUUGAAUAAAGUUAAUCUUGACCAUGUGUUACGGCGUGCCUACCAUUUAGGCGGUCAUGCAUCACUACUGGGGACUGCGGAGCGUGCUAAGAUGACGAGUAAACCUAUAAAAUUCAAUCAGAUUAAUCAUGAUAUGUUCUCUAAUUUAAUUUCUAAUGUGCAUGUGGAUGGUAAUGAUGUCACUGUAGAUGAGUUUGCAGAAAAGGUGUCUGAAGUGUUGUACGAAUGUUACAGUAGGAGCCGUGGCGAGACGGCGGCAGGUGAAGGUAAUGAUGUACAUGACAGGACAUACACUGACCGCUGGGACAGACUCCUACAGGACCGUGAUGAUUCUCGAGUAUGGAGAGCGAUAGAUUGGAAGGGUAAAUAUCAGGGUGAUUGUAAGGAAGAUGGUCGUCCUUCUGAUCAGGAAUUUAAAGAAUUUUAUGAGGAAGUAUUGAAUCCUACUGUGGCAGAUAAUUUAGAUGACGGAAAUCAUUUACCAGUAAAUAUUCCAAUUCUAGAUGACCAGAUAAGUCAAGAGGAAAUUCAGAAGCAAAUAGACAAUAUUAAGCCAGACAAGGCAUGCGGUCCAGAUGGAGUCUCUCCCGGUGUGUUAAAACUACUUACAGGGCAAUGGUUGCUGAUAAUUACUACAUUAUUUAAUACUAUAUUCGCGUCAGCUUCAUAUCCUAGUCUAUGGUCUACGGCUAAACUGUUCAUGUUAUUUAAGAGAGGUAACAGACGGGAACCUCGUAAUUACCGUGGUGUGACUAUUAUUAAUUGUCUCGCUAAACUCUUUGAUAUGGUACUGUUUGCGCGACUGGAGAGAUGGUUCAAACCAUACAGGGAGCAGGCUGGAGCACAGAAAGGUCGUGGCUGCAUUGAGCAUAUCGUAACAUUAAGAUUAUUAACUGAUAUGGCUAAAAGGAAGAAAAGGAAACUUUUUGUAAUGUUUGUGGACUUUACUCAGGCUUACGAUCUGGUACCUAGAAGUAUGUUAUUUGCAGUUCUGAAACGGUUGGGUUGUGGUAGUGUUAUGCUGGCGGCACUUGUUGCUAUGUACGCGGUAACGAACAGUGUCAUCGGUUCAGUGAUAGUAGCAGCCACGGUCGGGGUGCGUCAGGGUAGCUCAACAUCUUGUCUGCUCUUUGUCCUGUACGUUAAUGACCUGAUUAAGACUAUCAAAGAAAAUAGUAAUCCUGAUGGUUUCUUGUCUUGGCUACAUAUUUUAGUCCUAAUGGAUGAUACGGUGCUCCUUGCAACAACCAAAGAUAAUUUAAUCAAUAAAGUAACAUUGCUAAAACAGUACUGCGAUAGCUAUGGCAUGAAGAUCAAUGCAACAAAAACAAAAUUCUUUGUUAUAUGUGGUACAGAACACGACAGAGAGGCAGUAAGAGUAGAUGACCUGGUGGUGGAGUCGUGCGCACAGUACACCUAUCUUGGCUCACCAUUUACAGCUGACGGUUCCGUGUCAGCGGCAGUCGCGGCUCACAUGCAGGCAAAGAUGGCACACUUUAACAAAUUUGUUUUAUUCUUAAAGAAGAGUUGUGACUGGCCCUUUAUCGUAAAGAAGAGAAUAUUUGAUGCUGCUCUCAUGUCAGCCGUGCUGUAUGGGUGUGAGUCGUGGCUGAACGCUGACUUAAAACCAGCCACAAAAAUCUACAACUGGGCAUUAAAACAGCUACUUGGAGUUAGGAAGACCACCUGCAAUGAUAUGUGUUACAUUGAAUCUGGAUAUCCACCUUUAAAAGAUCUUGUACGAAGUAGACAAAGAAAGUUCUUCACUAAAGUGUGGCGAGAAAGAUCUGUAAUGAAUGACGAUCCCCUAAUGAACAAGAAGGCGGCGAUUCGUAUGGUGUGCCGGCUGUCCGUGUUGUCCAGGUCAUCUGCUUCCGGUCACCAGCACACAGCAAAUAAGAAUAUGGACCAUAGUUUCAAACUCUCAUAA